GCUGAGGCCCCGCCGCUCACCCGGGCCGGGAUGCCCCGGGGGGGGCCCGGGCCGCCGCCGGAGCCAUGGAGGAGGAGGGCAAGAAGGGCAAGAAGCCCGGGAUCGUGUCGCCGUUCAAGCGAGUGUUCCUGAAGGGGGAGAAGGGCCGGGAUAAGAAGGCCCAGGAGAAGGUGACGGAGCGGCGCCCGCUGCACACCGUGCUGGUGGCGCUCCCCGACCGCGUGGAGCCCGACCUGCUGCUCCACGACUACAUCGAGAAGGAAGUCAAGUAUUUAGGGCAGCUCACGUCCAUCCCAGGGUACCUGAACCCCUCCAGCCGCACCGAGAUCCUGCACCUGAUCGACAACGCCAAGAGAGCCCACCAGCUCCCAGGACAGCUGACCCCAGAGCACGAUGCAGUCAUCAGCCUGUCUGCCUACAACAUCAAACUGGUGUGGAGGGACGGGGAGGACCUGAUCCUCAGGGUGCCCAUCCACGACAUCGCCUCCGUCUCCUACAUCCGCGACGACUCCGCUCACCUGGUGGUGCUCAAGACAGCUCAGGAUCCCGGGAUCUCCCCGAGCCAGAGCCUGUGUGCCGAGGGCUCCAAGGCGCUGACGUCGGGCUCGCUGUCGGAGAGCGCGGGGGCGCCCCUGGAGUCCUGCUGCCUCGUGGUGCUGGCCACAGAGAACAAGGUGGGUGCUGAGGAGCUGUGCUCCCUGCUCAGCCAGGUCUUCCAGAUCGUCUACACCGAGUCCACCAUCGACUUCCUGGACCGCGCCAUCUUCGACGGCGCCUCGACGCCCACGCGGCACCUGUCCCUGCACAGCGAUGACUCUUCCACCAAAGUGGACGUGAAGGAGCCCUUCGAGGCAGAUGCCAGCACUUUUUCCUUUGCAGACACCCUGGAGGCAGGGGACACGUCCCCCUCGUCCUUCUCGGCGCGCCCGUCCCCGCACGUCACCACGGCCAGCGAGAGCGAGCUCAGCACCACGGCCACCGAGCUGCUGCAGGACUACAUGAUGACGCUGCGCACCAAGCUGUCCUCCCAGGAGAUCCAGCAGUUUGCCAUGCUGCUGCACGAGUACCGCAACGGGGCCUCCAUCCACGAGUUCUGCAUCAACCUCAAGCAGCUCUACGGGGACAGCAGGAAAUUCCUGCUCCUGGGCCUGCGUCCCUUCAUCCCCGAGAAGGACAGCCAGCACUUCGAGAACUUCCUGGAGACCAUCGGCGUCAAGGACGGCCGCGGCAUCAUCACCGACAGCUUCGGGCGCUACCGGCGCUCCCUGGGCCCCGCCUCCGCCUCCAACGGCACCGGCGCCGCCGGCAGCUCGGACGAGCAGUCCGUGCCCUCGGAGGAGGACGAGUGGGACAGGAUGAUCUCCCACAUCAGCAGCGACAUCGAGGCCCUGGGCUGCAGCCUGGACCGGGACUCGUCCUGAGGCAGCCCGGGAACCGCGGCUGCUCCCGCCUGGAGCUCGGGGCUGCCCUCGGGGGGACCGGGACAGAGACACCCCGGGGGGACACC